ACACAUUUAUGAUCUGUAAUCACAUGUUAAAGGAACUACGUGACCCCAACAUAUUUAUUAAUACGACCUCUCUUGUUUGCACGUCAGUUACAUUUCUGAUUCAUUGUGGUGUUGUUCCUAGUUUUGUCACAUAGUAUCUUCUUUUGAAAAAAAUGAAGCUGAAACUAUUACUUUGUUUAGUAUUUAUAGCAGCUGUAUGUGAUGCUCUGCCUAGUGUACCUGAUUUUGAGGAUUUCGAACAAGUAAAACAGCGUUGUGAUAAAAAAGCUGGAAACGGAACAUUCGAUAAAGUCAAGACUGCCAGGGAUCAAACUGAAACCUGUCUGCAUAAUCUUGUAGACCUCGAAACGGUCGAAAAGGAGCUUGAGGAAGCUAAAAAAACAGGGUCCAUGGAUGAGGUGUUUUUAAAAUACUGUAAAAAGCGUCCACAAAUGAAAGAUUGUGUAAAAAUAUUCUAUGAUGCUUUCGAACCUUGUUUAGAAGAAGACGAAAAGAAUGCAGUCAACCUAACUGCUAACGUUGUUUCAGAAUUAGGCAAUUUUGCUUGUUUCAAAGAUGGGGACAGACUUGCCAUGUUUGUUGCUGAAGGUGGAGUAGAAUGUAUAAAGUCUCGUUCCGAUGGUAUUCAGAAUUGUUUCAACAAGACAAUUAAAUUCAAUCCUGAUACAUUUUCACUGAAUACGAUUCCUAAACUGACGGUAAACAAAAAAUUUUGCGAUGAUUUAACUGAGAUUCAAGGUUGCGUUGUUACCGAUUUGGAAAAAUGUGAGGAGUCAACCCCGGCGAAUAUUAUCGAGGCUGUAUUCAAAUUUAUCAAGAAAACUGUUUGUAAAGACAUUACUAAACGCCAUGUUGUCUAUUAAGAUCGAUUGAUUGUUUUUGUUAAGAUCAAUUACUUACCUAUUAGGCAUUUAUUAUGAUUAAAGUGAAAUUUCGUUUAGAAAGAGAA